CAAAAAGACUCAGAGCAGAAGGAUGGACCCUUAACUCGGUUGGAAGGACAGGCAGGAAGGAACAGUCAUCAACGAGCGCAGACGAGAGGAGAACGAGCAGAAGCGAAACACUGUGCGCAAAAAAACAACCCCGUGGCUGCGGCACUGGAGGUGAGCUGGGUGCCUGCGCGUCUCCAAAAUAACUGGCUGUCCUCCUCAAAUGAUCUCAAAGGGACAAGUUUCACUUUUCACAGGCGGAUGGGUGACUUUCCUUGGCGCUUUGUGAGGAGGAGAUGAUGAAGAAUUUCAACAGCAGUCCCCUUCACAGCAACCACCAGACUCCCAACCACAUCAAAGAGCGAAACAACAGAAAGUACAGCUUACUCGCUGCUUUACCGUUGCGAUUUUCCUUGCGAGGUUAUGGUUUCUGCAUGGCUACGCUUUUCUUCUUCUGUUUCGGCUCCCUUUUUUACCAGCUGAACGGAGGACCCCCUAAAAUCCUGCUGGACAUCCGACAGUAUCUCGGGGAGUGUGGGAAAAAUCACUGGUCAGUCAAAAUGGCCUCCUGCAGCUUUAUCCAUAAGGACAGGCUAACAAGACAGCUGGUGUCAUGCCCACAUGUCUACAAGCCGAGACGAGGUGAAUCUACAUAUCUGGACGACCACGGACCCCCUGCUCCAAGAGUGCUCCCCUUCCCAAGCCAGGUAGUUUAUAACCGUGUUGGGAAGUGUGGCAGCCGGACGGUGGUCAUCUUGCUGAGGUUACUGGCUGAGAAACACCAGUUCAACCUGGUCUCCUCAGACAUCCACAAUAAAACACGCCUCACAAAACAUGAACAGGUGGAUCUCAUGAAGAACAUCAGUAAUAUCCCUCAGCCAUACCUCUUCACACGGCAUGUUCACUUCCUAAAUUUUACCAGGUUCAGGAUAGAGCAGCCUGUCUAUAUCAAUAUAAUCCGGGACCCCAUCAACCGGUUCCUCUCCAACUACUUUUUCCGUCGCUUUGGUGACUGGAGGGGUGAGCAGAAUCACCUCAUCCGCACUCCAGGGAUGAAAGAUGAUGAGAGAUACCUGGAUAUCAAUGUGUGCAUUCUAGAGAAUUACCCAGAGUGCUCCAACCCCAGAGUUUUCUACAUCAUUCCCUACUUCUGUGGACAGCAUCCCCAAUGCAGGGAGCCAGGAGCAUGGGCUCUGGAGAGGGCCAAGCAGAAUGUGCUGGAGAACUACCUCCUUGUUGGUAUCCUGGAGGAGCUGGAGGAUGUUCUGCUCCUGUUGGAGAGGCUCUUACCUCAUUACUUUACUGGAGUACUCAACAUCUACAAGAGCCCUGACUAUAGGAAAAUGGGGAACAUGACAGGCACAGUACGUAAACACACGCCCACUCUGGAGGCCCUGCAGGUGUUGUACCACCGUAUGCGCUACGAGUAUGAGUUCUACAACUUCAUCCGUGACCAAUUCCACCUCAUGAAGAAAAAAAUUGGUCUCAGGUCUGUCUCCCAACCCACCGCCUACUCACCUGCUUUCCUUCGAGAGCUGGCCCUCCGAACCCCAGAGCCUCUGGACGAAGACGAGGAGCUGGAAGCAGACCUGGAGGAUGCAAACAGCUGGCUGGUCCACUCCUAAGGACUGUUUGAUGAACAGUGGAUGUAGCCCAAAAAGAAGCUGAUUGGCUAGAAUUGGCUGGAGAUAGCUGAAGGAAGCCUGAGGGCAGACGGGGAGUGUUCCCUGUCUUUCAGCAAUUCGUGAGAAAAGUGAGGUGUGUUUAGGGGUGUGCAGAUCCAGAUGCUCCUGUUUGUAUGGGCUCUGAUAUCCAUUCUGCAAUAGACUCCCAUCACGACAGGCUCAGCACCGAGGACUAUAGGGGUUGAGUAAUUGGAAGGACAAAAUGCUCUAUUUAAAAAUUCACCAAGGACAAUGGAAAAUAAUGUUAAGCCCAAUUUAUGUGACUCAAGUUUUGUUUUAAUUUGAGCUUGCUUUUGGGUUUGCUUAAGUCAAAAGUCCAUCAUUGCUAUUAUCUCCGGGAGAGAUUAGCGCUUCCUUGUGUUGGGAAAUAAGUGUUGGUUGCUUGGGUGAAAGGAUUUCAGAGACGUUUCCCAAGAAAGAGGUGCAUACUUUAUGAAAGAGUUAAUUUCCUAAAAGCUGGAAUGGGAAAUGGUAUCCACAAAUAAAAAAAGUACCAAAACCAUUUUUGUAUAUUAGUUGUUUAGGACUGUUAUAAGUGCCAAAGGUCACUAAGAGGUCUAGUUACUGACAGGACAUUCUGUGCACAGCUGGUGGAGUCAUGACAUAGUCAGUUGUUAUAGUAUUGGUUAUUAACAUUUUGUUUAAUUUGUAAGAUAUUAUUAUUAUUAGGUAUAAAUGAGGGUUAAACGGUAAGCACUCAAUUAUGAAUUCAAAGAAUUCCAACUGUGUGUGCAUGGAUGAUUGGUUUUGACCAAACCAGCAGUGUAUUUUAGCAUGGAUUUAUUAUUUGGAGCAAGUCAUUUGUUGAGAAAAUAUGCUGGUUUGAGAUUCAAACACUAACAAGCAUAUAAGGAGCAUUAUUUGUUUUUAUCCAAAGUUUAAAAGAUUGAGUUUGCCAAAUACCAAUGUUUCUACUGCGAUGUAUUACAAAACUGUAGAAGUAUACUGCACUUUUCCUGAGGUGACUUUUCCUGAAAUUCUGCAGCAAAAUGAGGGACUUGGUCACAAAACUGGAUACUGAUUUGCCUUUAAUUUUCCAGUGGAAUUAUGGUGCUGUCUAAGGUUUUGUUUUCCCUCUCAAAAUAUAAUCACAAAAGAGUGUGUGAAGUGUUACCGGUCCCAGCUAAAAUUCUCUCUCUCUCUCUCUCUUAAUUCUCCAGCAGCUAUUCAGAGUGCAUGUUUUUCAUCACUCAUGUAAAAAUCAUCCAGAGAGCAGUAACCAUAAGCUAAUGUGUGACUGUCACCUACUGUAUUUCACUCUACCAUCCUAAUCUCCAUUGCCUGUACCUUUUCAUUGUCCUCGUUUGUGUGUCCUUAUUUGCCAGUUUAAUUUAUUAUUUUGUAUUCAUUUGCGUUCCAGAUAAGAUUCUCAGGAAGGAAAAAAAAUGUUUAAUAACUGGUUUAUUGGCGGCUAUGAAACUAUUCUUGGCAUUUUAAGUGUCUAGAAUGGGUUUAUAUCAACAUCUGAAAACUGGUUAACAACAGCUAAUGCAGUCCAUCAUUUUACAGUCUUAAAAUAAAUGUCCUCUAACUAUUUCAUCAGUUGUCUUUGCUUUACUUGAUUUUUGUCUAUUAAGAAGUUGCUGUAGCAUGUUUGCCCCAUCAGGAAUGCUGCAGUCUGCUUAUCCUCAACCUGCCUAAAGUCUCCCAUACUGCUACACAUAACAGAUUGAUAUGCAGCUGCUAACACAGCAGCCUACACGCCAUCACCUAGGAAUUUCUACAAGUGUAGCACUCUCUUCCCUGCAGCAGCAGCCUGUCCAUCACUCCACCCAACCAUGACUCAUCUUCCAUCUAGCUCCCCAGUUAUGAAAUUACCUUCACUGCUCCAGUCAGGACAACACUGCCUAUAUGAUAAAAUAAGAAAUCCUCUGAAAAGAUAAGUAUUAUUUUUAAGACACAUGUCAUGUUCCACUCUCCAUCUUCCUUCCAUCUCUAUUUGCACUUGAUUUUGGUCCUGUCCUUUCAAAAUGUCUACAUUCUCUAAGACUCAGUGCAGUUUUUGAUGAUACAUGCUGUGUUGACACAGGGGUGGUGUUAAAUCUGUUACCUUGGUGUUGUUGCCUCAGUCCUGCAGUUGCUUGCUGUUGAUUGCUUGUGAACAUGGCAACCUGCUUUCACUUUUUCUGCUUUUCCAGUUAAUAUUACUCACAACAAGAUAUACAACAUGUAAAGUGAAAUACAUCCCCAACAAAUUCUAGUAGUUUUGACAACAGAAAGGUAGCAGAAAAGACGUAAAAAUUGCUCACUAAUUAUAAAUAAGCACCUUUGCAACUUGCAGCUCACCUUGAUUUAGAGCGAGCGUAUGAAAGCAAAAUCUGACCAAAAGCAACGCAAGCUGUAACACAGUUAUCAUCGCAAAUAGCUCCAGAUGGUAUUGGUUGGAAAUUUCAUUAUCUGAAAUAAAAAUUAUUUACAAACGUUAAAGUUCAACCACAUUCAGUUCGAUGUAACUCCCUGUCAUGACCAGCAAAUGGUGUCCUCUUUCGACUUUUGUUUUAACACUUCACUUGAAUAAAAGAAAAUACAGUUUGGAGUCUGAGAUAAUAUGAUGAUACUGAAUCCCAGUGAAUACUGUUUUUUGUAGUUCUAAAACAUCUCUUUAAACCCUUGAUAAAAAUGUAAUAAUGAUGGGGCAGCUGAAAAGUAUCUGAACGUGUGUGUGUGUGUGUGUGUGUGUGUGUGUGUGUGUGCGCGCAUAUGUUGGUAGAGUCUAUUCAAGUCUACAGCUCAGUUUGGUUCCCACAGUGAGAGAAUGGGAAUCCCUGACACAAUCUUCACUCCAUGGUGUCCAAUAAUAUCCCCACACUAUUUGGGUCAUCUGUAUCAUGACAGAACUGGAUGUUCACCAUAGCAGCCUGGCUGUAAAGGUUCAAGUAAAGUGCAUAACUUUAGCUUUUCCAUCUGCACAAACCCACACACACACAGUUACACCGGUCAUGCAUCUGCAGAGCUUUCUGCUCCAAAGCUGAACAGAGAGGGUUUGUUCAUAUGCUGGGUGGUACACGGGGAGGUGGCGUUACAGCAGUAAGGGACCUCCUCUCCAUUGGCGAAUAGGAAGCUGUUUGUGUUGGUGGGCUGUUCCCAGACCUGCUCUAUAUUCCCCGUAUGGCAAAAAUAGAUUCCCUACUUUUCCAGCACCAGGUUGAACCCCUUCAGUUUGACAGAGAGAGAGAAAGAGAGAGGGAGACGAAGACGGACAGAGCUUGUUACUUGCAACACUGCUCAUUUAUUAAAUGUUUUUCUCAGUAUCACUGUAGAACUACAGUUUUUA